UGCGCGCCCCGCGCCAUGAGCGCGCGCCUGCCGCUCUUCCUGCGCGGGCUCCGCCGCCCGCCGCGGCCCCCGGGCCGGCCGCUCCGCCUCCGAGCGCCCGGUCGCGCCAGCAGCAGCAGCGGCGGCGGCGGCGGCGGCGGCGGCCUGCUCGGGCAGCGGCGGCUGCAGGACGCCCAGGCCGGGAACAGCCGCGGCCAGGGCAGCCGGGCGCCCCCGGCGCGGGACUCGGUCGUCAGAGAAGUCAUUCAGAAUUCAAAAGACGUUCUGAGUUUAUUGCAAGAAAAAAACCCUUCCUUUCAGCCGGUGCUCGCUAUUAUCCAGGCAGGUGAUGAUAACUUGAUGCAGGAGAUAAACCAGAAUUUGGCGGAGGAGGCUGGUCUGAACAUCACUCACAUCUGCCUCCCUCCGGAUAGCAGUGAAGAUGAGAUUAUAGACGAAAUCUUGAAGAUUAACGAAGACACCAGAGUACAUGGCCUUGCCCUUCAGAUCUCUGAGAGCUCAUUUAGCAACAAAGUUCUUAAUGCCUUGAAACCAGAAAAAGAUGUGGAUGGAGUAACAGACGUGAACCUGGGGAGGCUGGUCCGAGGGGACGCCCAUGAGUGUUACGUCUCACCUGUGGCCAGAGCUGUAGUUGAACUUCUUGAAAAGUCAGGUGUCAACUUGGACGGAAAAAAGGUCUUGGUAGUAGGAGCCCAUGGGUCUUUGGAAGCCGCCCUGCAAUGCCUAUUCCAGAGAAGAGGGUCCAUGACAAUGAGCUCCCAGUGGAAAACACCUCAGCUUCAAAGCAAGCUUCACGAGGCUGAUAUUGCGAUUGUAGGCUCGCCCAAGCCGGAAGACAUUCCCCUUUCUUGGAUCCAACCAGGAACUACAGUUCUCAACUGCUCCCAUGACUUCCUGUCAGGAAAGCUUGGAUGUGGUUCUCUUGGGGUACAUUUUAAUGGUGUCAUCGCAGAGGAUGAUGUGAGUCUCCUUGCUGCGGCUCUGCGGAUCCAGAACAUGGUCAGCAGCGGAAGGAGGUGGCUACGCGAACAACAGCACGCAAGGUGGAGACUUCACUGCCUGAAACUCCAGCCUCUCUCCCCAGUCCCCAGUGACCUUGAGAUUUCAAGAGCACAGACUCCAAAAGCUGUGGAUGUCCUUGCCAAGGAGAUAGGAUUGCUUGCAGAUGAAAUUGAAAUCUAUGGCAAAAGCAAAGCCAAAGUCCGUUUGUCCCUGCUGGAAAGGUUAAAGGAUCAAGCAGAUGGAAAAUACGUUUUAGUCGCUGGGAUCACACCCACCCCUCUCGGGGAAGGGAAAAGUACAGUUACAGUUGGGCUCGUACAGGCGCUGACUGCACACCUAAACAUCAACUCCUUUGCGUGUCUCAGGCAGCCUUCUCAAGGACCAACUUUUGGCGUGAAAGGAGGAGCCGCGGGCGGCGGAUAUGCCCAGGUCAUCCCCAUGGAGGAGUUCAACCUGCACUUGACCGGAGACAUCCACGCCAUCACCGCUGCCAAUAACCUGCUGGCCGCUGCUAUUGACACAAGGAUUUUGCAUGAAAACACUCAAACGGAUAAAGCACUGUAUAAUCGACUCGUACCUUUCAUGAAUGGUGUUCGAGAGUUUUCAAGCAUUCAGCUUGCUCGGCUGAAAAGACUGGGAAUAAAUAAGACUGAUCCAAGCACGCUAACAGAAGAGGAGAUCAGUAAAUUCGCCCGUCUCAACAUCGACCCCUCCACCAUCACGUGGCAUAGAGUAUUGGAUACAAACGACCGAUUUCUACGAAAAAUAACAAUCGGGCAGGCGCACACAGAGAAGGGGUGUUCCCGGCAGGCGCAGUUUGACAUCGCAGUGGCCAGCGAGAUCAUGGCAGUGCUGGCCUUGACCGACAGCCUCACAGACAUGAAGGAGCGGCUGGGAAGAAUGGUGGUGGCCAGUGACCAAAAUGGGCAGCCCGUGACCGCAGAGGAUUUGGGCGUCACAGGCGCAUUGACGGUUCUGAUGAAAGACGCAAUAAAACCAAAUCUGAUGCAGACCCUAGAAGGAACCCCUGUGUUUGUGCACGCUGGCCCCUUUGCCAACAUCGCCCACGGAAACUCCUCCGUGUUGGCUGAUAAAAUUGCACUGAAACUGGUUGGUGAAGAAGGAUUUGUAGUGACUGAAGCCGGCUUUGGUGCUGAUAUUGGAAUGGAGAAGUUUUUCAACAUCAAAUGUCGAGCAUCCGGCUUGGUGCCCAACGUGGUGGUGCUGGUGGCAACCGUGCGGGCUCUGAAGAUGCACGGAGGCGGGCCGAGCGUAACUGCAGGUGUCCCGCUUAAGAAAGAAUACACAGAGGAGAACAUCCAGCUGGUGGCAGACGGCUGCUGUAACCUUCAGAAGCAGAUCCAGAUCGCUCAGCUCUUUGGGGUUCCCGUUGUUGUGGCUCUGAAUGUCUUCAAGACCGACACCCGUGCGGAGAUUGACUUGGUGUGUGAGCUGGCAAAGCGGGCCGGCGCCUUUGAUGCGGUCCCCUGCUAUCACUGGUCCGUCGGAGGGAAGGGGUCGGUGGACCUGGCUCGGGCUGUGAGAGAAGCUUCGAGCCAAGGAAGCCGUUUCCGCUUCCUCUAUGACCUCCAGCUUCCAAUUGUAGAAAAGAUAAGAACCAUUGCACAGGCUGUAUAUGGAGCCAAAGAUAUUGAACUGUCUCCUGAGGCGCAAUCCAAAAUAGAUCGUUACACGCAACAGGGAUUUGGAAAUCUGCCCAUCUGCAUGGCGAAGACUCACCUUUCUCUGUCUCACCAGCCUGACAAGAAGGGCGUACCCAGAGAUUUCAUCUUGCCCAUUAGUGACGUCCGGGCCAGCAUAGGUGCUGGGUUCAUCUACCCUCUGGUCGGAACGAUGAGCACCAUGCCAGGACUGCCGACCCGGCCCUGCUUCUAUGAUAUAGAUCUUGACACAGAAACAGAGCAAGUUAAAGGCUUGUUCUAAACGAGCCAGACUUCCAGACAACCCAGUGCAGGCUCCUGAAAUACAGACUCCUCUUUGCCUUCUUGCUGCUGUCAGAGAAGAAAGUGAGUUUGAAUUAUGCCUGUUACACAACGCGGGAGAAAUGGGGAAAUAGGCCAAAGAUGUAUUCUUCGUUCAAGAAUUCUGUUUGCUACAGAGUAUCGUGUCCAGCAAAACGCCCUCCACCAAGUUUGAAAGAAACUAAUUUAUUUUCCGUUUCUGCAGAGUUUACAUUAAUUCCCCCUGCUUACACUGUAGAAUGUUUAUUUUAUGGGGACCAAGGGAUUAAAAGAGUGUGAACUAAAAGGUACCAUUUACCUCUCUGGAGUUUUCUAUUUUGUCUUUGAACUGAAAAUAAACAUGUAUCUAGAAAACCA